AGGAACAUGUAGCGAACGUGGCGCUCGCAGCACUGAUGCAAGUGGAAUAUUGCGCGUCCCAUUCAUGAUUUCCGUAUCGCGCGCAUACAACCUGCAGGUCUCAUGGCAGCCGUCACGUGCCACCAACUGAUGUGACCCCCAGGACCUCCUUGUUGUACAUCAUGGGCUGUGGCACUUCUGUUGCUACAGAGCCACAAGGGAAACGAGUGGAAGAUGCCUGGGCAGAUGCCACAGUUAGUCCCUCCCCAGCUCUGACUAUGAAGGCAGCUGUUUUGAUCCAGCGGUGGUACCGGCGCUACAUGGCCCGUCUGGAGAUGAGGCGCAGGUACACCUGGAACAUCUUUCAGUCCAUUGAAUAUGCUGGGGAACAGGACCAGCUCCAGCUCUCCAGCUUCUUCAGUUUCAUGCUCGACAACUUCACUCAGCUGAAUGUAAACGGACCAGACUUGAUCUCCCAGCUGCUGGACCCGGUGGUGGACCCCUGGUUAGACAGAGAGACCUGUUACAAACUGAUCCCCGUUCCAGAGUCGUACACGGGACCCCGGCUCUCGUUCCCUCUCUCCGUCUCCGAUACCAACCUUCUCCUCAGUGCAUUUAAGGAGCAACAGACUCUGCAUGCCAGAUAUGUUCUGCAGCUGCUGUACGAGACCAAAAAGCUCCUCAAACAGAUGCCCAACAUCAUCCACCUGUCGACAUCCAACACCAAUGAGAUAACUAUAUGUGGUGAUCUGCACGGGCGGCUUGAUGACUUACUUCUCAUAUUUUAUAAGAAUGGCCUUCCCUCUGCGGAGACACCAUAUGUGUUCAAUGGGGACUUUGUGGACCGUGGGAAAAAGUCCAUAGAAGUGGUCAGCCUCCUCUUCGCCUACCUGCUACUUUACCCCGACUACAUGCACCUGAACCGAGGAAACCAUGAAGACCACAUAAUGAACCUCAGAUAUGGGUUUACAAAGGAAGUCAUGCAGAAAUACAAGACUCAUGGCAGUGAGAUCCUCCAGCUGAUUCAGGACGUUUUCAGCCUUCUGCCCGUCGCGACGGUCAUCGACGGAAAGAUCCUGAUCGUUCACGGUGGGAUAUCAGACCAGACCGACCUGGACUUCCUCAGCUCCAUAGACAGGCAAAAGGUGAAAUCUGCCAUGAGGUUUCCCAAACGCAGUUUGGAGCACCUGGACAUUGGUCAUUCCUGCAGGUUGGCGGCUGGCUCUCAUCCCAGCAGCCACAGCAAGAACCAAAGAACGCCCAACCAGAGGAGGCAAUGCGGGCACAGUCGACAAGACAGUGCAGCCUCCUCUUCUUCUUCUUCCUCCUCCUCCUCCUCCUCAUUGUCUUCGUCCUCUUCGUUCUGCUCUCCUCGAACAUCAUCGUGCCUCUCGCCUCGCCCUUGCCCGUCUUCUCCCAGCAUGCCUUACACUAUCAAUGUCCUCCAAGUGCCUUACCUGGACUCUUUAUCCUCCGUUCCGCCUCCUGCACCUCCACAACAUGACCGGGAAUGGAAACAGGUCAGAGUGGAUCUGGCACCCCAUAGUGUUGUGUCCCUCGUCCAGCACUUUUAUCUGCUUUCCUUUCUCCUGCAGGUGGUGGAUAUAUUGUGGAGUGACCCUAAAAUCCAAGACGGCUGCAGUCCGAACACAUCCAGGGGAGGAGGCUGCUACUUCGGGCCGGACGUCACCCGCAGACUGUUGCUUCAGCACGGACUCCAGCUGCUCAUCAGAUCCCACGAGUGCAAACAGGAAGGAUACGAGCUCUGUCACGGGGGACAGGUGAUCACCAUUUUCUCAGCGUCAAACUAUUAUGAGGAGGGAAGCAACCGGGGUGCCUACAUCAAGGUGGGCCGGGAACUGGUUCCCCGCUUCUACCAGUACCAAGUCAGCCGCACAACGCGGAAACUCACCCUGACACAGAGCGUGCGAGCUGCUGAAGGUACCGCCCUCAAGGCCCUGAAGGAGAAGCUCUUCACCCAUCGCUCUGAGCUGCUGUCGGGCCUCCAGCAGUACGACCAGAACAACACUGGUUGUGUGUCAGUCAGUGAAUGGGCUCAGGUGUUUGAGUCUGUACUGAGACUGAAUCUGCCCUGGAGGACCCUUCGCCCGCACUUAGCCCGUCUGGCACCAGAUGGCAGUGUAGAUUAUCAGUCCUGCUUUGAGGAUAUGGAGCCAGGCAUUCCUCUGACUCAGGUGACUCAAAAGUUGGCUGACACUCUGUUUAGAUACAGGACACACAUUGAGAUAAUAUUCAAUUUUAUAGACAAAGACCAUUCAGGUCUGAUCUCCAUCGAGGAGUUUCGCCACACCUGGCGUCUCUUCAGCGCCCACCUGGGGGUCGAUAUCGACGACAGAGCCAUCGACGACCUGGCCCGAAGUAUCGACUUCAACAAGGACGGCAGCAUAGACUUCACAGAGUUCCUGAAGGCCUUCAGAGUGGUGCACAAACUGGACAACAAGGAGCAGCAACUCAACGGGAAGACAGCCGGAGGGAAGAGAUCGUGAAGGGAAGAAUCUGAACACACUGAACACAAGUGUGGAAUUCCUGAAUGAUUAGCAUCUUUUCCAGGAAAGCAUGGAAAAGAUUAAAUGAUUUAGUAUUACGUUAGCAGCAGUGCCGUGGUUUAAAAGUAUUGGUGCAUUUUCACGGAAGGUGGUGCCUAUUUCACUCUCGCGGUGGAUCUAGGGACGGCAAUGUCAAUCUGUAGGUUUGCUUCCAUCCACUACUUUGGCUUUAAAAAUGAAACUACUGGAUGGACUGCCAUGAGACAAGCCUUAAGAUGCUGUUAUCCAGAGGAAGUAUCCUUAAGACUUUGUUGAGCCUCUCAUCUUAUAUCUAGCACCAACAGCUGGCCAAUGAUUUAAAAUGUCUUGGCAUUAGUUUUGGUAAAGUCAUUCAUGUUCCCAGAUGACGACUCCGAAUGACUUUGGUUAUUCACUGUUUUUUCCAUCUUGUGCCACCGGCAAGCUAAGAUAUGUGAGCUUGUUGUGGGAAAUAGCUUGAUGGAUUGUCCUCAAAUUUUGGCAGCAACAAUAUAGUGUACAAUAGUUACAGCAGAAGUACCAGAGAUCAUUAAGCCACUCAAACUCUUCCAAAUUGUUCACGGAGAAUUAUUAUUCCGUUUUAGUAUAGAUUAUUAUUUCUUAAUUUAUUCUAUACUUAUAUUAUGUUAAUUGCUAUAAAGGUAUAAUCUUUAUUUUAUUUUUGUAUUCUAUAAUUUAUUUUUCUUAUUUUUCUUUUUUAAUAAUCUAAUUGCAUUUUUAAUUAUUGUGGUUUAUUUGAUCUUUUAAUUAUUUAUUUUAUUCAAUAUUUCUUUAAUAAAAAAUAUUCUAUAUUCAUAUUCCAUUUUGUUAUUUAGUUUUGAUAUUAUUCCAUUUUUAAUUUAGAAUUAGCUUUAAUCUUUUAAUGUUUUUCUAUAUAACUUUUCAGCAGUGUCCUACUGCCUGUAUAUGAUUAAAAGCACUUGCUAUCUGGAAUGGGAUCUGA